GGUGAAGAAAAAACCGAGGUGUCAGUAACGUAGAGAGAGAGAUUGGAAGGCUGCCACGUUUAAAAACCAACGGCGCUUCAUACAACUCGUGAAAUUCCGAUUCCAUGGUCGAUAUCCUCAAAAGAGAAGACCAAAAUCGAAGCGGUUUCGACUACUUCUCCGUAAGAAUUUCAUAUGCUUCAUGUUUUCAAAUUUUGAGAUGCUUGUCUGUGGUUUUGCUUUUUUAGUUUUGGUUUCUGAUGAUUCACGAUGACUCCGAACAAGAUUUGAGAAUUGGGUUUGUUUUUUUUGGGGAAUUGGGCGGGUGCCAUGAUUCUAGGGUUCGUUUGAAUAUCUGUAGCUGAGGAUUUGAGGGGUUAGAUUUUGGUAUUGUUGGGUUUAGCCUAGGGUUCAUGAAGAGUAUUUAGAUGGCAAUGUCGGCGAAUCACAAUAAAACCCCCGGAAAGAGUGUUGGAUUGGGAUCAGUUAGCAGUGGAAAUGUGGGGCAAACAAUGCCUCUGAACCACCAACCCCAUCUUCUCUCUCAGUCACAACCUCAAACACUUGGUGGGACUCACUUUCCUGGUCAUUUUCAGUUGUCUGAGCCACAGGCACAGGCUUUAGCACAAACCCAGUAUGCGCAAGCACAUGCGCAAGCGCAGGCUCAAGCGGCUCAUGCCCAAUUCCAAGCUCAGUUGCAGGCUCAAGCUCAGUCCCUUGCCCAGUUGCAUAGCGCUGGGACUAGUAAUUUGGGCGUUUCCUCGCCCUCUGUUUCGACCCCAGGUACGGGGAGUGCCAAGCGGGGUAGUCAGAAACCACCUUCACGGCCUCAUGGUUCGGCCAAUGCUACUAAUCCAGCUUCUCCAUUUAAGACCAUGGAGCUGACCCCUGCAGCCCGGAGGAAGAAGCCAAAGCUUCCAGAAAAGCAAAUACCUGAUAAAAUUGCUGCCCUAGUGCCGGAGUCUGCUAUUUAUACACAGUUGGUUGAAUUGGAGGCCCGGGUGGAUGCUGCUCUUGCAAGAAAGAAGACUGAUAUCCAAGAGUCCCUCAAAAACCCUCAUCGUGUUCAGAAAACACUUCGGAUUUAUGUUUUCAAUACUUUUGCAAAUCAGACAAGAAUGAACCCGGAGAAAACAAACGCAGAGCCUCCUUCAUGGACACUUAAGAUAAUUGGGAGGAUCUUGGAAGAUGGGGUAGACCCUGUCCUUGCGGGAACUAGUGAUAAAUUGAGCUCUUCAUACCCAAAAUUUUCAUCUUUCUUUAAGAAAAUGACUAUUUACUUGGACCAGGGUCUUUAUCCGGAUAACCAUGUAAUUUUAUGGGAGAAUGCUCGGUCUCCUACACUUCAUGAGGGCUUUGAAGUGCAAAGGAAGGGGGAUAAAGAAUUCAACGCAAUAAUAAGAUUAGAAAUGAAUUAUGUACCUGAAAAAUUUAAACUUUCAACAGCCCUGUCGGAAGUUCUUGGACUUGAGGUAGAUACACGCCCAAGGAUUGUAGCUGCAAUCUGGCACUAUGUGAAGAGUAGGAAGUUACAGAACCCGAAUGACCCCUCAUUCUUUGUGUGUGAUCCACCUCUUCGUAAAGUAUUUGGGGAAGAGAAAAUAAAAUUUGCCAUGGUUCCACAAAAGAUAUCACAUCAUUUGUCUCCCCCACAACCUAUACAUUUGGAGCAUAAGGUCAAGCUUUCAGGGAAUAGUCCAGCUGGAACUACGUGUUAUGAUGUGUUGGUUGAUGUACCUCUUCCAUUAGAGAAGGAAAUGUCUGCUUUCUUGGCAAACACUGAGAGGCAUAAAGAGAUUGAUGCCUAUGAUGAAACAAUUUGCGCUUCUAUAAAGAAGAUUCAAGAGCACAAUCGAAGGCGGGCUUUCUUCCUUGGUUUCAGUCACUCUCCAGCAGAGUUUAUUAAUGCUUUGAUAACUUCUCAAAGCAGGGAUCUAAAACUUGUUGCAGGAGAUGCAAGUCGUAAUGCUGAAAAGGAGCGGCGAGCUGACUUCUAUAACCAACCUUGGGUUGAUGAUGCUGUUAUCCGCUACUUGAACCGCAAGCCUGCUCCCGGAAUGGAAGCACAUGAAUAGGGAUUUGUUGAAUUGCCAAAGGUAAGGUAUGCCUGAGAUACUUUUUACUUUAUAUCCCCAGGUAUUGGUGGCACAGGCAUUGAGGUUAUUCGACUUUCUGUUGUUGGGUACGAGAGGACUGGAUAGUCUAGAGGAAGAAAUUGGUUGUAGUGGCUUUAGGCUCAAGUUCUUUGUCAAACUUGUAGUAGAAGUGUUUUAUUGUCUUGUAUCUGCUCAAUGCUAAAGUCUAGUUGAUAGAAAUUUUUUGAGACAUGCCUGUUUGAACAUUUAGAGACCUAGAUAUUAACUCAUUUUGCUCUUCUAUUCCUUGGAUCGAUAGUGUUUAAACUA